UCUCUCGGGGCUUAUUGGUAUUAUUAGUAAGAGAUAUAUAAAGAGAGACUUGCUCUAUCUCCUCCUUUCAUCUUCCCCUUCUUAUUUCUUCUACAAUAGUCACAUUCCAACACACCUCCUCAAACUCUUUCUGAGAUUUUUACAUAUCUCGAGGCUGAUUCUCAAACACACGAAGAAGAAGAAGAGAUUUGCCUGUUAACCGGGUUUUUCUUUAUAUAGUAAUCUUUGGUUUAAUCGGGUUUGAUGGUGGAUUCGAAUCUAUUUCCUAGCAUCGAAACCACAGGUGGUGAAUCGUCUACCGAGUCGAGACGCAAGAAGCCGAGGAUAUCGGGGACAGAGGCAACGGAGAUUGAAGCACGAAGGAUCAACGAAGAAAGCUUAAAGAGAUGGAAAACGAAUCGUGUUCAGCAGAUCUACGCUUCAAAGCUCGUCGAAGCUUUACGUCGAGUUCGUCAAAGAUCCACCAACGAGCCUAAUAAAGCUGUCUUCGUUGCGGCCAGAGAGAUACGCGAGACGGCGGAUCGAGUUAUCGCUGCUUCGGCUAAAGGUACAACUCGUUGGAGCAGAGCGAUUUUAGCGAGCCGUGUCAAAGCGAAGCUCAAGAAACAUAAAAAGGCGGCUAAGAAGAAGUCAACCGGAAACUGUAAAUCGAGAAAAGCAUCCGCGACGGAGACGAAUCGGAUUAAGUUACCGGCGGUUGAUAGAAAACUUAAGUUUCUUGGCCGGUUAGUUCCCGGUUGUCGGAAAAUCUCUGUACCGAACCUUUUAGAUGAAGCUACUGAUUACAUCGCCGCGUUAGAGAUGCAGGUUCGAGCUAUGGAAGCUCUCGCUGAACUCUUAACCGCCGCCGCACCACGGACGACGUUGACCGGACCUUAACGGCGGCAGUUAGUUUUUGUCAGUUGUUAAUUAGCUUUUUUUUUACCUUUUUACCCUUUUAUUUUGUUUAAGUGUUUUUUUCUUCUUUUCUUUUUUUGGGUUUGGUCUACGCGAUUUUAAUUUAUUAAAUUCAUGUAUUUUAUCUGUAUACAUCAGUCUUUAUUUGUAUUCAUUUUGAUAUUUCUUUAA